UGGGAGAGUCAGAGAGAGAGCUUCUAUCUUCUUGUUCACUUUCCAAAUGGCUGGAAUAGCCAGAGCUGGACCAGAACAAGCCAGGUGCCAGGAGCUUCUUCAGGUUCUCCCCUGCAGGUGCAGGGGCCCAAGCACUUUGGCCAUCUUCUGCUUUCCCAGGUGCAUUAGCAGCUGCUAGAUGUGAAGUGGAACAGCUGGGACUUGAACUGGCACAUAUAUGGAAUGCAGGCACUACAGGUGGUGUGUUAUCCUCCUAUGCCUCACUGCUAGCACCUAAAGUUCCAUCGUGGUCUGUUUUUGAUAGGAUUCCAGCAGACACAGGAAGUCUCUCAAAGUAUCCUUAAGUCAUGCGCUGCUCCACAAGGAGACCCUCUGUAUGUGUACUCUCUGAUCUUGAGCGAGUUAACCAGCUGUAGCAGGUGCACUGAGUUCUACCAUCUGGGUUGAUUUCACCCCUGCGAGGAUUCUCCAUUCUAAAAGAGAACUUAGAUCAGUAGGUGCCUAUCCUGUGUAAUAAUCUCCAGUUUCAUUUUUGAGUCAACAGGUAUAUGAGGUCUGGUUCUCAGCAGGAGUUUCUGGUGUGUCUGAGUGAGGAACAGAAAUUUCCCUGGUGGAGAUGAGAUGAUGCUGAGGUUCCCUUUCUUUUGGGAGAGGUGACAGAGUGGCAGAACUAAGGGGAGCUGCCAUGGUGAAUGAGAGCGUGAAAGUGACAGUCAGAGGAGGGGACCCCAAGAGUUCCAUGGCAAACCAGAAUUAAAUGGUUAUAUUUGUGCAAAAGAAUUUGAAAUGCAUGCACAGUUUUGUCCCAGUAAACAAGCCCUCUCUUAGAAUUUCAUAGAACACGAAUCUCCUAUUGCGUGUUCAGUUGGUAGUGACGAGUACAUUGCAAGAAGAGCCACAGCAUUGAGCUGGACUAGGAGCAACCGGGACAGAAUCCGGUGCCCCAACAGUGACUAGAACACGGAGUGCCGGCACCUGAGGUGGAGCAUUAGCCUUGUGAGCUGCAGUUCCAGCCAUGUAACUCUUUCAAAUAAACAAAAUAAAUCUUUUUAAAAAAGAAUAUAGAUAGUAAACAGGAUAAGUGAACUGACAACAUGUUUAAUACCAGAUGCUCCUUGAUGUACAACAGGUUUAUAUUCUGAUAAGCCCAUUGUGAGUUGAAAUAUCAACUUAUGUUUUUAAAAAUUACCAAAAAUCAAAAUUCAUGUAAUCCACCUAACCUACCAAACAUUGUAGCGUGCCAUAAAUAUGCACAUUGUAUUUACGUUAGCCUAAACUUUGGCAAACUCAUCCAACACUAAUUUUUUUGAAACUAAAACAUUGAAUAUCUGAUGUACAUACACAGAAGGGAGCCUUACAGACAUGAUGAGAGCAAAUACGUAAGACAAUAUCCACAAACCGUUGGCAACAGAGCACCCCGUGGAGUGCAAGUUCUUUAUCACCCCAGUGCCGUGACGGACUGGGAGCUGCACUUGCUGCCACUAUGCAGCACCCCAGGAGAAGAUCAAAAUUCAGAGUCCCAGUACCACUUCCACCAAAUGUGUAUUGCUUUUCCACCAGCAUAAAGUCAAACAAUACUACAUUGAUCCAUCCUAUAGUGAGAUCCACUGAGAAGUGUGAGAUUUGGAUUAAGGCAGGGAAGGGAGGGAGAAGAGUCUGGGACUGUCUGUUUAGCUGAUGUGCCCAGAGGAAGCUUCGAGACACAGUGGGGAAACAUACAGAAAGACCAGUGUGGAGGGUUCCCCGAAGAGAAAGGACGAUUCCACAAUCUAUGCAUAAUCUUGUCACCUUUCAUGAAAAUCAGAGACCAGAGAGCUUUAAAGGAAGGAGUGAGGAGGACGUGAUGAGAGGUUGACUAUGACAGAUAAUGUGGGUGGAAGGUGCAUACAGAACCCUGCAGGCCCAUAUAAAACAUUGGCUUUAGUCCUGAGUGAACUGAGCAGACUGCAAUGUUCUACUUCUGUUUUGUGUAUGUUUCUGUUUUCCUAGCAUCCAGGGGGUGGUUGAAGAUCUACUUCCGGUUUACAAGGACCCCUGCAGUUGUGUGUAGACUAAGCUGAAAACAGACCCAGGAGAGAUGCAAGGAGAAGCUGAGGAAGUCUCUACAGUAUCUCCCUCAGGGAUGGAGCCUGGUAGCAGAAGGAGCGCCACAAAGUGGUGCAACCCGGGACAUGUGGAUGGAAUGGCUAUGGAUGUGACAGAGGACACUCGAGGACAACUCUGAGGCCUGGAUUCCUGCAACAGGAAGGGUGGAGUUACCAGUUAUCGUCAUGGGGAACACUUUGAGAAACUCAGCUUUCAGGAAACGCAAAGAGGUCAAAUUUGGACCUUCUGUUUGAACUAUUAUUAGGUAGAAAUGCAAAUUGCACACGGUUCAAUUGAACAGACAUCCAGGAGAAAACAGUGAGCAUGCACUUGGAUGUCCAUAGGGGAGGUACAGAUGGGUGACAGCAACACACGGAUGGUAUUUAAAGGAAGAAAGCAAAGUUGAAAGGAGGAAAAGGACAAGAACUGUGUCCUGAAAUGUUCCAGCACCAAGAACUAGCUCAGGAAAUGAGAACAAACCAGAGAAAGACCAGAGAAUGUGAGAACGUGGGUGCCAAGGGGAGGGUGGUGGCGUUGAAGGGAAAGACCCAGUGACUCCAUCACGUGUUGCACAUAACUCAACAUGAGGACUGGGGGAGGGGCAUUGUGGGGCAGCAGGUUCAAAGCCACCAUGUGCAGCCCCAGCAGCCCAAUGCACAGCACCAGUUUGAGUCCCAGCUGCCCUGCUUUGGAUCCAAAUCCCUGCUAACCAGUCAAUGGGGUCCAGUGGUCUACAGAAACAUUCAUCUGUGAAAGCACAGAGGUAGAGCAGGCAGAUAAAAUUAGAGGCCAAGCAGGAGACAGGAAAGGAGAUGAGGCUACAAAUGCAGCAGCGGCUGUAAGGACAGUCCACAGAAUUUCAGCUCCAGGUGUGGAAGGAGUCAGGACCUGACGCUGCUAGUUUCAGUGAAUGGGUGGGAUGGGAUUUGUAAAAGUCACUAACUCUGCAUUAUAGAGGAUAACAGAGGGCCCUCGCUGCACUCAAAGCCGAGAGCGUAUAAGAGUCCCAGGCCCACCAGGCCUCACAGGUAGCAGGAAGGAGUCACAGCGCCCAAGUACAUGAAACUCUUGAGUCCCUUUCGACAAAGUCCUCUUCACCUCACAAUUCCUAAACUCCUGGGCCCAGCUUGACCCAAGUCACUUUCCCCAACCCGGCCCACAUGCAGAUAUAAGCACUUCAUACUGGUUGGUUAGGGGGUAUUGAUUGACGCCAGGGCAGUCCAAUGAGCAGCAUGCUAAUUCACCGAUCAUCUUCAGUGCCCUCUUUUUUUUUUUAAGAUUUAUAUUAUUUGAGAGAGUUACAGAGAAAGGUAGAGACAGAGAGAGGUGUUCCAUCUGCUGGUUCACUCCCCAGAUGGCCGCAAUGCCUGAACUGUGCUGAUCUGAAGCAAGGAGCUUCUUCUGGUUCUCCCACUUGGGUGCAGGGGCCCAAGCACUUGGGCCAUCCUCCACUGCCCUCCCGGGCCACAGCAGAGAGCUGGAUUGGAAGAGGAGCAGCCAGGACUAGAACCGGCGCCCAUGUGGGAUGCCAGCACUGCAGGCCAGGGCAUUAACCCGCUGCGCCUCAGCGCCAGCCUCUUGGUGGUCUUAAGAAGAAUCAGGUCGGGGCAGAGCACCUGAUCGGGUGCCCAGCCUGGCCGUGUCUGAAAACACCUGAGAGUGUUUCUUAACAGGUCAAACCCCUUUUUGGGAUAAUGAUGAUGCUGUUGUAUGCAACACGCCACUGGGGAACAGGGCUGGCACUGCCCAGUGGGAGACAGCAAUGAUAAAACACGGGACCAACAGCUACUCUUUACUGAGCACUUCCUAGGUCCCAGGAACACUGUACAUCCGCAACCGCUCAGCACAGCAGAUGGCAUUCUCCGCGUCUGAGGCUGGGGCCAGCUGAGGUGACUUGCCCACAGUCACCGUCAGCACGGAGCCUAGGAGAGGCGACCAGGGGCGCCUCCUCCAGGAGCCCUGCUAAGGGCUUCCCACCCAAAGUGGGGCCACCUUUCCUCGGAGGGGAGUUCGCGGUGAGGAUUCUGAGCCCACAGAGUUGGGGUCAAGCCCAGGGCCCAGGACGCGGUGUGGUAAGCCCACUGAGGCCAGGCAAGCUCGGGCACCACGUAGCUCGGGCACCACCCGGCCCAGCAUGUGAGGUCCAACCUGGAGCACACAUUCAUCGCCCCUCUCCUCCUUACUUCUCCGCCUUCUCUCCUGCUUGGUGUUCCCCAUUCUUCCAUGCAUGGAACGCUCUUUGGACCAAGACUGAACCCCCAGUCCCCAAGCACGUCUUUCCAGCCACCUCCAUGCCCAACCCGCCCUUGGCCGGCUGGACACCACACCUGGAGGUGGGAGACGCCCGAGGAGCCCAAGAGGCCCUCAGGCUCCCAGCCCGGUCUUUCCUAACGCCAUCCAGCAACCUUCCCAUGGGGGCCUGCGGAAUUCCGGCGAGGAGUCUGGGAACACCGGACACCCAGGCCAAAAGCCAAUCUGCAGGCCACUGUCCUGGCGGACUGAAAAGGCAGCAAGCGUGGCCGGGAAGCAGGGCCCUGUGGCAAGCAUGCAGCUCCCGCUCCCCGCAUGAGCCCCUCAACUGCUACAUGAGACAGGUUCACCGGUCUGCAACUUCAGCUUAAAAGAAUUCUUUGAAGGUGAUUGCAGACAAUUCCCAAGACCCUUGUCCCAAGACUCCUACUCAGUGGCUCUGAGGCGGGGCAAGGAAUCCGUAUAUCCAGGGCUGUUGGCGCCAAGCCUCAGGCUUCUGCUUGCGAUACCUGCACCCCCUCUCCCAAUGUGCCGGGUUGUCGCCCCCCAACCCCCGGUACACUGCCUCAGACCCAGCUUCCUGCUACUGGACCCGGGAGAGCAGCAGGUGAGGGCCUCUGACGCCCACUGGAGGACCAAGAUGGAGUUCUGCGUUCCCGCCUUCUCCCUGCCCAGGCCUGGCUGUUGCAGCCAUUUAGGAAAUUAAGCAGCAGCUGGAAAUUUCUCUGUCGCUCAGCGUUUCAAAUAAAUCUCUUGUUAAGUUAAUGGACGGGGAAUACAGUUUGUUUUAUUAAAUGUGCAUAUCCCAGAAACCUGCAAAAGGAUGCCAAUGCCACCAAGUGCCAGAUCACAAACUUAAACGUCCACCCGGAGAGGUUUGAUUGAUGCAAAGGAAUACUAGGUGGCCCUUAAAAAUAAAUGUUAUAAAAAGAAAAGGGAGAUGAGUAACAUGCAUGUGAUUUGGUUUUAAGUGCACAAAAUAUUUUGAAUGGUAAGCAGUCACAAUGUGACGUCUCCAAGGUGACGAUUUAAUAAAAUCAGAGACGAGAAGAAAGAUUUUGUAGUCCUCAGGAACCAUUUGUAAACAUGACCUAUCCUGGAAGCCGUGUGGGGGUUCUUCCCCUUCUAGCACUGAAGGCGGUUUGAGCCGCACCUUCCCUUAAGCAAGCUCCAUGCAGGCUGCCUGCCAACUCACUCGGAGCGCUGACGCUAAAAUGUUGCGGCUUCCGGGCGCUGGCAACGCCACCCCUGCAACCAGUCCCCUGCUCCCAGCAAGCUCCUUAAUAACUUAAACAUGCUCAUCACCUGGAACUUGGGCUAAGGGCUCAUAUACCUAAGAGUUACCACUUAGGUCAAAGGACACAGAAAUCGCCACGCAGGGUGAGCACGUUCCAUCCCCUACCUUUCCAACACCCUGAGGGGCCACACCAGCCAUUGACAACUUAGGCGAAACACAGGCCUAUGAAUCUCACCUAAAAUCAAAAAAAACCUCCAGGAAUAAAAAUGGCGCCAAGGGUACUUCCGGGUCAGGGUUGUCACCUGGGAAUCCUGAUGUGGUAAUCCACUCCCGCGACCUAAACAUUACACAGUUCUCAACGUGAGAGAGCCCGAGAACUUGACAAGCCCAGGAGUCGCACAGUGGCCCGCCCCCUAAGGUUCCCGCACACUGACCAACCAACCACAGCCCUGGAUGGUCGUCAACUGCCCCGCCUCAGGGCGGAGCCUCCAGGAGCAGGGCUUAGUGGGAUGUACAGGCACUUCGGUUCCCAGAGCCACGCUCGCAACGUGAUUGGUCGUCCAUUCUGCAUCCGGGUCUGUACAUGGAAGGCUGAAGAUUUCAAGACUCCAGGCCCAGCCCCGAAGCUGGACCGCAGACCACCAGACAGCCUCACGCCUCCUCACCCGUCUGCCUCAGGGAACCUCACCCGUACAUCCCACGCCACCUCACCUAUCCGCCGCAGACCGCCUCACCCGUCCGUCCGCCGCAGGCCGCUACUCCUGACCCCGGACCUGACAGCGCCCGCAGGCCCGCGAAGCCCGCGAAGCCCGCGAAGCCCGCGCCCGUCGCCCCUCGCGCCCUCUGCCAGGCCCCCGGAGCGCAGCCCGCAGCGCCGUCGACAUGAGGGGCGUCCGGCCCCGCAGCCCCAGCGCCUGCCCUGAGCCCGCGGGGCCCCCGCAGCCCGGAGCAGCCGGCCCUGCCAAGCGCCGCCGAGUGCAGGAGCCCGCGGCCGCCGAGCCCGGGCCCCAGCCCGGCCUCCCGGCCCCGCCCGCGGCCCCGCCCGCCUCGGCGCUCCCCUCCGUCGUGGUCGUGGUCCUGGCCGCCGGCUGCGCCCUGCAGCUGCCGCUGGACGACGUCGACCUGCUGCUGGAGCCCGCGCCCACGGCGGUCCUCAGCGUGUCUCUGCCCGGCCACACGCUGCUGCUGGUCCCCGAGGGCCUCCUGGAGGCCGCCGGCCAGGGCCCCUCGCCGGGCGGCCUGGCGCUGGCCGCUGUCCUGGACGCCGCGGCCGAGGCCGUCGUGGUACAGCAGCAGCAGCAGCAGCAGCAGCAGGGAUUGGUGUGCUCAGCCCCCACGGAGAUGGCCGGCCAGGCAGAGGCCUUUGAAGACGAAGACGACGCCGACCCCGAGCUCCUGGCGUUGCGCGUGGACCCUGCAGCCGGCUGGGCCGCGGGGCUCUGCCUGGGCGCUGCAAGGGGCUCCAGCCCCGGCUCGGCCUUCCACCUGGACUGGGAGCUGUGGCGGCCGCUCCCCGGCUCUCCGCUCCAGCCUCUCCCUGCGUCUCCCAGUCCAGGGCCCCCGGAGCCCCCGGGGCGCCCGCAGCGCCCUCCUCGGCCCGCCUGCAAGGCCCGGAGACGCCUGUUCCAGGAAUGAAGGAGCUGCCUCUGCACCCCGUCGCCACGCAGCUGACGCCCAGGUGAGGGGCUUCUGAGAGCCGUUCUGGGGGCCCUGCUGGCUGUGUGUCCGCAAGGGUAGACGGCGCAGAGAGGGAGGCCCUUUGGCUGUAGACGGCCUUGCACCAUUCUGCAGGGCUGUUUGUUGGCUCAGCAGGUCUGGGAGAAGGACCAUCUCCUCCCACACCCGAGGACAAUGCUGCCUGCAGCGCAGCCGCCCGGAGACCUCAGGUUCUGCUUGGGCCCUGCUCUGCGCACAAGGCACCCAGGCACUGUCAUGGCCCUGACCUUUGCUUCGAACCUCAGCUCAGCACUUGUGGAAAACUUUGCCAGCCCGCCCCCAGCACCCUACCACUGGACCCCUCGUCUCGUCUCCCACAUUGCAAUGAGGACGGAAUCGGUUUGCUUCAGGCCCUAGACUCUGCAAGCUCUUGGCAAACGUCUGACCGCGGACUCUUCCUGAGGCUGGCCCUAGUCCCUUUCGGGGGGUCUGGAAAACAGUUGGACGUGGACCAAACAAAGCACUGGGCACCGUGACCACGUACCCCCCAUUUGGUUCAUGACUUGGUUAGCAAGUAGUUAGGUUUGGGAGUUAGGGUUGUGCACCCCCUCCCCCCAAAGACCAACUCUUUCCCAUUCAUUGCUUCCUGUCUAUUUGUAAGAUAAUGCCCCAUGCAUGUUCAAAGUUCCCAAUUCUAAGUCUCUUUUGUGUUGUUCUAGGAUCCCGAGUAUAUGUUGUACAUUGUUGCUACUGUAUAGAAAUAAUUUGUUUCUUCUAUUGAUCUGACAUCGGGGAGAGAAUUAUUGGAUUUCUGUAGUGUUUCAUUGGUAGCUUCUUCUCUUUCUUAGUUUUUUAUACUGGGUUUUCUUUGAAAUCCAGGUUGAACUGUAUAAUUGAUAGCAAUAUUCCUGUCUUAUGCCUCAUGUUAAUGCUUUGGAAUUUCACCAUGGAGUGUGAUCUUUCCUGGACGUGAUUGUCAACAACCCUUGUCCUACCGAAGAAAUUAGUUUAUGCCCGAGCAAAAAGGUUGGUUCUGUGCUCAUUUUGUUUUUCCCAGCUAUGUGACUACACUGACUUGUCAGAUUAUUUCAAGGUUGGCAUUUAAUUGUGAAUGUAUAUCAAAUAGGAUGUGUGGAGCCUUGGGGCCAUUUCUGUGUGUGGAACCCUGGCCCAAGAGGAAACCAAACCAGUGUGGAGCUUCAGGGAUUUCGAGGGAAAUGAGCUUCAGGGAUGACAUGACUGUAGCAUCACCUUCAGAUUGUCACUAUUAAGAAAUGGUUUUCUCGUUGCACCAAUGUGACUGUGGUUUGGUUUUGAAUCGAUUCCUGUGGCAAUUUGGACUGUUUACACUUCUAGCCACUGAGUAUCUUCACAUUUCAGUGAUUCCAUUUUUUAGGAAGGAUUCUACUUCUAGUCUUGAUUGUUUGGGGUUUUCAUGUUUGUUUGUGGGUUGGGUUAAUGUUUUACACAGCAUUGCUAAUUUGUCAUGUCCCUUCUUUGGCCAAGUUUGUAUUCUAUUUCAUGAAAAAUAAAUUAUUACUGGUAAGCAAGAUGUUAUUUUUUCUGACCAUUCAUUAUAUUAGAUUUACUGACAUACGUUAUCAGUUUCUUUGCCCAUUUUCUGUACUUGCAUUUUGUGGCUUCAUUUCCUCUGUAUCUGUUGUCCUACCGAGGUGUGCUUUCUAAGAAUCCUUUCAGCUAUGGCCUGUGUGGCAAAUCUUAGUUUUGUGUAUCUGCACAUAUUUCAAUGACACCUUCAAGCUAGUAUGUGUUAGGUUUUAGGUGGGUUUGAAG